GCCUUUGUGGGUCGCUCUUGGAGGGUUCCGGACUCCGAAGGGGUUGGAGACAUCAGCUCUUCGUCCCGUUGGAAAUAGUCCUUUCCUGGCUCCCUGGGGUCGCGGUUCACGCAGGUGAAACUUACCAGGGAAUAUCUUGCUUCAAACACUGGUACAGCUUUGAUACAACUGUAAUGGCAGCUACUUGGACUGUCCAGGCCCAUGUGGACCAGGAAGAAGUUUUGGAAGUAAAGAUAGAGAAGGAGGAGGAGGAGGAAUAUAAGUAUACCACCAGAAAGGAUCAGAGCCUGCAAAAGAACAACUCCUAUAGCAGAGAGGUCUUCCGACAGUAUUUUAGGCAGUUCUGCUACCAGGAAACAUCUGGACCCCGUGAGGCUUUGCGCCAACUCCGAGAACUUUGCCAUCAGUGGCUGAGGCCAGAGACCCACACCAAAGAGCAGAUCCUGGAGUUGCUGGUGUUGGAGCAGUUCCUGACUAUCCUGCCCGAGGAGCUCCAGGCUUGGGUGCGGGAGCAGCAUCCUGAGAGCGGGGAGGAGGCAGUGACUGUGCUGGAGGAUUUAGAGAGAGAGCUGGAUGAGCCAGGAGAGCAGGUCUCAGUCCACACUGAGGAACAGGAAAUGUUCUUGCAGGAGAUGGCACCGCUACGAACAGAACAGGAAGCCAGCAUGUCCCUUCAGUCUGUGAAAGCUAAACUAAAGUGUGAAUCUCCAGAACCUGAAGCCCAACAGGAACAAGUUUCAGAUGUUGAGACUGAAAAUGAGUACAGGAAUUUAAUUCUAAAGCAAGAAGUCUCUGAAGAAAUGGAACUAUAUGGGGAUAUAUCAAGUAGAUUUGAAAGUGAGAUGGCUGCUGAGUAUGAAGAAACCCAUGAACCUAAAGGAAAAAUAGAAAAUCCUUCUGGGUACCCCUGGGAAGAUAAACAGCCCACAUGUGAUGAGAAUGGAGUAAGUUGGAGUGAGAACUCAGAUCUUACUGAACAGCAGAGAAUCUGUCCAGGAGAAAAGGCUUAUGAAUGUGACAGUUGUGGAAAAGCCUUCAGUCAGUACGCACACCUCAUAGAACAUCAGAAGAUUCAUACUGGAGACAGGCCCUACAAAUGUGAAGUAUGUGGAAAAACUUUUCGUGGGAGAACUGUCCUUGUUCGGCACAAAAUAAUACACACUGGAGAGAAACCAUAUAAGUGUAAUGAGUGUGGCAAAGCUUUUGGCCAGUGCUCAGCUCUUAAUCAACAUCAGAGACUUCACACAGGAGAGAAACACUACCGCUGUAAUGAGUGUGGCAAAGCAUUUAGCCAGAAAGCAGGCCUCUUUCACCAUCUCAAAAUCCACACGAGAGACAAACCUUAUCAGUGUACUCAUUGUAAUAAAGGUUUUAGUCGGCGUUCAAUACUUAUCCAGCAUCAGAGAAUCCACACUGGGGAGAAACCCUACCAAUGUGAUGACUGUGGCAAAGCCUUCAGACGGAGGUCAUAUCUUAGUAAACACCAGAGAAUGCAUAGUAGGGGUGGUCCCUAUAAAUAUAAAGAGUAUGGGGAAUCUUUCAGGCAGAACUCAGCUCUUAUUCAACAUCAGACUAUGCACAAAGGAGAGAAAUCUGUUCCUAUGUGA